AUGUUUACAGUUACUGAGUUCAAAUGGUUGACUGAUCCUCAGACUGCUUAUCGCAUACUAAAGCCAUGGUGGGAUGUCUUCAGCCACUACAUCUGCAUGGUGAUGCUCCUGAUUGCACUGCUGGGUGGAACUCUUCAGAUUGCUCAGAACAAAAUGCUUUGCCUUCCUUGCAAAGUGGUUGUUGACAACCAUUGCAAACCCCCUUGGUACAUGAAUAAUGCAUCAAGGAAUCCAAAUGGAAGCUUUCCUCCUCUGAGUGGGAUUAAAAACCUUCUUGACAGGCAGCAGUAUGCCUUCAUUGAUGCUGUGUGUUACGAGAAUCAGCUUCACUGGUUCUCCAAGUUCUUCCCUUACCUGGUGCUCUGGCAGACACUUAUGUUCUUAAUCUGCAGCAACUUCUGGUUCAAGUACCCCAGCACCAGCUCCAGGCUCGAGCAUUUCAUCACCAUCCUUCACAAGUGCUUCGACUCUCCCUGGACCACUCGGGCCCUGUCUGAGGCGGUGGAGAUCGGCGGCGAGAAGCAGUCUUACCGCAAGUCCAAGGUGAUGACCAAGACGUCCUUGUCCUCUGUAGCCGGCGAGGCUGCCGCCAAGACUGCGCAGAGCAGGGUGGAGCCUAAUCCGGCGGACACGGGUGAGAGAACCAUCCUGGACCAGAAGGAAGGAGAACAAGCGAAGGCUAUGUUCGAAAAGGUGAAGAAGUUCAAAGGACAUGUUGAAGAAAAGGACAUCAUCUACAAACUGUACAUGCGACAGAUUGUAAUCAAGGUCCUCCUUUUCAUUGUUAUCAUUACGUAUACUCCCUAUUAUGUUAUUGAGAUGAAAUUUGAUCUCAAUUGCAAGGUUGACAUAGAGAUGUUUACAGGAUAUAGGCAGUAUCACUGUGUUCAUUCUUUGGCAACCAUAUUCAAGCUCUUGGCAUCUUUUUAUGCAAUACUGGUUGGAGUACACGGACUGCUUAGUGUCUACAGUCUGUAUUGGAUGCUCAGACGUUCACUGAAGCAAUAUUCUUUCGAAACUGUGCGAGAGGAAAGUAGCUACAGGGACAUUCCAGACAUUAUAAAUGACUUUGCUUUCAUCCUUCACCUCUCUGAUCAGUACGAUCCCCUUUAUUCAAAGCGGUUCUCAGUCUUCCUCUCGGAAGUCAGUGAAAACAAGCUGAAACAGAUUAACCUGAACUUGGAGUGGACUGCAGAAAGGUUAAGGUAUAAGCUGCAGAAAAACUCUCAGGACAAAGUAGAGUUGUCCAUGUUCAUGAUAAGUGGACUUCCUGACGCUGUCUUUGAACUGAAAGAGCUUGAAGUACUUAAACUGGAACUCAUAACAGAAGCCAAAUUUCAAGCAGCAAUGUCUCAGCUGACUAACCUCAAAGAGUUGCACCUUUACCACACACCCACCAUUGUGGACCCACAGGCAUUGAAUUGUUUAGCUGAAAACCUGCAAACAUUGCAUAUCAAGUUCACUGAUAUGGAUAAAGCUCCACGUUGGAUAUUUACUCUAAAGAAUCUGACAGAGCUUCAUUUAACAGGUAACUUAAAGAUGGAAAAGAACAACUUUGUGUCUCUGAGUGGUCUUGAGAACCUAAAGAAAUUAAAAGUUCUAUACAUGAAAAACAGUCUUCCUCACAUUCCAGCAGUUGUCACGGGCACAGGGCUCCUCUUAAACAAACUGUGCAUUGAUAAUGAAGGAACCAAACUAACUGUGUUCAAUACAUUGAAGAAUAUGAUAAGUCUCACGCACCUUGAACUUCAUAACUGUGACCUUGAACGCAUUCCGCAUUCCAUUUUUAGCCUAUAUAAUUUACGUGAAAUUGAUCUGAAAGGCAACAGGUUGAAGACCAUAGAAGAAAUUAUUAGUUUCCAGCAUUUGAAAUGGCUCUCGUGCCUUAAGCUUUGGCACAAUGCAAUAGCGUACAUACCGUUGCAAAUUGGAACAUUAUCAAACCUGGAGCAACUUUACCUUAAUAAUAACAGAAUAGAAACCAUUCCGACACAGCUUUUUUUAUGCAGCAAGUUACGGUACUUGGACUUCAGCAAUAAUCACCUGACUACAAUUGGUGAUAAGAUCAGUGAACUGAUACAUCUUCAGUACCUUAAUGUCUCCAACAAUAAUUUGGAAGCAUUACCAAAUGGACUAUUUCUGUGCAAGAGCCUGCGAACACUGCUUGUGGGGAGAAACAGCCUGACAGUCUUACCUCCUCUGGUGGGUGAUCUGGUGAACCUUGUAUACCUUGAACUUUUAGGAAACCAGUUGGAGUUCUUGCCUGAGGAACUAAGCCAAUGUAGCUUAAAACAAGGGGGCCUUGUGGUGGAAGAGAUUCUGUUAAACACAUUACCUGCUGCCGUUAGGGAACAUUUGGAAAGAAGUGAUAAAGACCAGGUAUAA